AUGCCUGUUGCCACACUUUCCAAUCACCAUUCUGCACUCGAUUUCAAUGUCUAUGCCAAUAUCUUCACCCACCUUCCUGAUUCGCAAUCGGUCAAUGCCUUCCGCAUAGUCAACAAGAGUUUGUUCGUCGUAUCACAAAGUCCAAGUUGUAUUGCGGCACAUUUGAUACAACGAUAUGGCCCAUUGUUUGCAUUGCAUGCAUUGAUAACCGUCCAUACACCAUUGCUUCAGCGGUUUCCCAAAAUUCCAGCCAGACUGUUAGAGCUCGGAGCAAGGUAUCCGCGAAUCUUGGCGCAACGGAUUUUUCAAGGUUAUGGUGGACAUAAGGGGCUGCCGAAAGCCACCAUCACACUUUUACUCCAGAAUGCCGAGCAAUGUCAAGAUAUCAUUCAUACCAAUGAUGACGAUCAGUUACUGCUGGACGGUAUGCUCACCCAUUUGUCUGUAACGGAACAAGAGUUUGGUGAUAGCCAUCCUGGGUUUAUCGGUAUGCAGCAAGCUUUAUUACGUCAACUUCCAGGCUACUAUCCUCUCCCUGGACCUGAAUAUUAUGGCGAUGAGCGUGUACACGAUCGCAUUCAAUUUCUUUUCUCGCAUUCUGGAAAUGCAGAUAUGGAAAAGUCUAUUUUCCGCUUGGUCAUUUACUGCCCUCGCGCACUAGCUGUCCUAGCACGCAACGGUUUCAGCGUGUCUAGUCCUUUGGAUAUUUCACUUUUCAUGGUUCGAUUCAUACGGUACGGUUUGGAAAUGGAGAAGAAACAUUUUACUAGUGUUUCGCUACGCAUUGCUGUACGACAGCUUGUUCGAAAGCUAGUGAUCGCUAUCACGGCAGAAUGCCUUGAAGAAAUCAUUGAAACCAUGGCUAGAGUUUACGACCAACAGCAGGAAGAUCUGAACCGUAUUGUAGUUGUUAUCGACGAUGAAAUCGUUUGCGGUAACAGUCAACUACAACCUGUUGUAGAUCAAUUUUAUCAACACAUCAAGCGAAAGAGUUGGUGGAGAUGGUAGCUUUGUCGCUGGGAGCCCAUUUCCUGUAUUAUUACACGUUCCAUUGCUUUGUACAUAUUCAUUGUUGCAAGAUCAUUUUUAUUUCGUCCAACUGCAUUUCUUUUUCUUUUCACAUGCACAACUUCAAACUACAUCACAUCAUUACAAUUUUUUUUUCUUUUCUUUUUAUAAAAAAAAAGAUGUAACAGAACAGAAAUGGAAACGGAAAAGACUGGGGUAUCAUGUUGAGGAGGUUCCGGCGAACAAGGCAGGAGUCAAAAGUGGCUUUCAUGAGAUAGUCG